AUGGAAAAGCUGUGUCUUACUUUGUACUUCUCAGCGUGCAAGUUGCGGCAUUACAUGUUAUCUUUUACUACUUGCAUCAUCGCUCAAACUGAUCUGGUGAAAUACAUGUUGUCGCGGCCUAUUUUGAGAGGCCGCAUUGGUAAGUGGGUAUUGGCCCUUUCAGAGUUUUCGCUGCAAUACAUACCUCAGAAAGCUGUAAAGGGGCAGGCCAUCGCGGAUUUUCUGGCACAUCAUCCUAUGUUGGAGAUAUCCGUAAUGAAAGAGUUGGAGAUAGCGUCUGCUACUACGAUUAGACCAGAUUUGGCGUGCAUCCCAGAAUACGCAGUCUGGUACCAAGCCAAAGUCUCCUUGCAGCCCUGGGAAUUGUUCUUUGAUUGUUCAAGAACCGAAACAUUGGUCGAGUAUGAAGCUCUUAUUAUUGGACUGGAGGUCUUAUUGGAGAUGGGCGUGAGGGACGUUCAGAUUCUCGGCGACUCUCAACUCGUUAUAAACCAGCUUCAAGAAAAAUACAGAUGUGUAAGUUGGUUGCUCGUACCAUAUUUGAAUCGUGCCAUCGAGCUUCUGGAUCAAUUUAACGACGUCGAUUUGGAGUAUAUCCCUCACGAGCGCAAUUUCGCAGCCAAUGAGCUCGCUCAAUUGGCCACAGUGGUCGCGGUGCUAGAACCUAUUGAUGUGGAUUGGCGCAUCCCGUUGAUUAAUUACCUCAAGCGACCAGACCCCACACCAGACAGGAAGAUUCGCUUUCUCGCCUUAAAUUACUUCCUCAGGGGAGAUGAGCUGCGCCGACGUGAGGAAGAUGGCAUAGACUUCCGAUGUGUCUAUGGCCGCGAAGCGAAACGAUUGAUGCGUGAAGCGCAUACAGGGGUCUGUGGGGCUCAUCAAGCGGGACCAAAGAUGCGAUGGCUUAUCCGGAGACAUGGUUAUUACUGGCCCAGCAUUUUAAAGGAUUGCAUUGCAUUUGCCAAAGGGUGUGAAGAUUGUCAAGCACAUGGUCCAGUCCAACACGUUCCUAACAUUCCCAUGCAACCCAUAAUUAAACCUUGGCCUGCGCGAGGCUGGGCAUUAGACUUAAUUGGGAUGAUCCACCCCCACUCUUCUCUCCAGCAUAAGUUCAUCAUUGUGGCUACUGACUUCUUCACCAAGUGGGUUGAAGCUGAACCUUUGAAGGAGGCCUCUGGUACCGGCAUUCGCCAGUUCAUUUUUCGUAACAUUCUUUGCAGGUUUGGUAUUCCCGAGGUGCUCGUUUCAGACCGGGGGGCAGUGUUCAUGGGAGGUCCCGUCGAGCAGCUUGUCAAUGAUUUUGGCAUCCAGUUCGUCCACAGUACUCCAUAUUAUGCUCAGUCCAACGGUCAAGCGAAAGCCAGCAACAAGAUUAUUAUUAAAGAAGAUGCUGGCAGAAAACCCUUGACAGUGACACGAUACUUUGUAUGA